GCAAGCUCAGCUUUCAAAAAUAAAAAUAAAAUCAAAACCCGCUAAUUAAUCAAUCAACCAUCCAUCGUAAAAAUAUAAAUAAAUCAAUCAAAAAGCAAGAAAAAGAGAAAGAAGCAACCAAAGCAGUGUUUUCAAUGGCGAGUUCAGGUUACGGUGAUGCAAACCAGAAGAUAGACUAUGUCUUCAAAGUAGUUCUAAUCGGUGAUUCCGCCGUCGGUAAAUCUCAGAUUCUAGCUCGUUUUGCUAGAAACGACUUCAGUUUGGACUCUAAAGCCACCAUCGGUGUUGAGUUUCAAACUCGCACUUUGGUUAUUCAACAUAAGAGUGUUAAAGCUCAGAUCUGGGAUACUGCUGGCCAAGAACGAUAUAGGGCUGUUACAAGUGCAUACUACAGGGGUGCUGUUGGGGCAAUGUUGGUUUAUGACAUUACCAAACGUCCGAGCUUUGAUCACAUACCUAGAUGGUUAGAAGAAUUGCGUAACCAUGCUGAUAAAAAUAUAGUCAUCAUUCUUAUAGGAAACAAAAGUGAUCUUGAGGACCAGCGUGCUGUACCCACCGAGGAUGCUAAAGAAUUUGCUGAGAAAGAAGGUUUAUUUUUCUUAGAGACCUCCGCACUGGAAUCAACUAACGUUGAGACAGCCUUCAUGACUGUUUUGACAGAAAUAUUUAACGUUGUCAACAAGAAGAACCUGGCUGCUGAUGAGAAUCAGGGAAAUGGCAACUCGGCAUCUCUAUCUGGCAAGAAGAUUAUUGUUCCUGGUCCUGCACAAGAAAUCCCUGCUAAGAGUAGCAUGUGUUGUCAGUAAUUCUGAGUUCGUUUAUGAUUUACUAGAUUUCAUGGUUCUAUGUUCCUAUCACCAAUUUUUAAUGGUUUGGUACAUUUCCCAUGUAUAUUGGCAUCAUUCAAAAUUUAUUUUGCUCGACUAGUUGAUUUAGAACCUGCAGAUUGAGGUGAUUACAAAUUGCUUAUUACAGUCCCUACGAAUUUCAUAGGUGAUCUGGUUCGAAAUUUGAACACUGUUUGAUUGAAAA